AUGUCAUCAACCAAAGAAGUGCUCCUCCAAUGGAAGGCUUAUCUUUCUCAUCAACUGCAAGCAGGAUGGACACAAAUGAAAACAAGCGGAACCUACGAUUAUUUGGAUCGGCGACUGUAUCGAGAACAAAUUCUUCCAUUCUAUUCCAAACACGUGGAAAGCCAUCUCUCACCUUCGUUGAUUCAUAACGCAACGAUUGCUGCAUCCACUUUGUUACUUUAUGGAAUUGGGAGAAAAAUUUACAGGACAGGAUUCAUGAGAAUUAAAUCCAAUGCUCAACUCACAGAAAAAGAUUUCUCAUCUCAACGAAAGCUUAUUGGACGAGUGCCUCAUGUCGGAGAUAGUGAUAAUUUUCGUAUCAUUCAUUUUCCGCCAUUGUUGAGUCCAAUUUAUUCACUACUACCCAUGAAGAAAAAGAAAGCUCUCAGUGAGGAAACGAUUCAUGUUCGAUUGGCUGGAAUUGAUGCUCCAGAAUGUGCUCAUUUUGGAAUGCCAGGCCAACCCUAUGGAGAACAUGUGAAAGAAUGGCUCACCAAAUUUCUACUCAAUUCCAAAGUCAAUGUCUAUUUAUUGAAAAAAGAUCAAUAUGGAAGAGCUGUAUGUUCAGUAUAUGUCAGAAAAUGGUGGUACUAUCUGUGGAUGAAGCGACUCAAUGUGAGUGAAUACAUGUUAAAAAAAGGAUAUGCUGUGUGUUAUGAAGGAGAAGGAGAAGUUUACAUUGAGGGCUCACCUGAAAAGAACAAAAGGUAUAAAAUGUAUUACAAGGCGCUUGAGGAAAGAGCAAAACGAUCAAAGAAGGGAAUGUGGGCAAAAGCAAGUACGAGCGAGUCGCCAAAAGAUUACAAACGAAGAAUGAAAAAAGAGCAGUAA